AGCAGCUCCAGUUAAGUCAUAAUGGCCAGAUAUCAGAGUAGCCUUAGCCUCGGAAUCCUUGUGGUCCUGCUAAUCGAUCAGCUGGCCAACGCCCAGUUCGUUCCGGGCCCAAUCUCUGGACCAAUUCCCCGCCAGCAGAGAUCGCUCUUUGGGUCCGGUCCGCCGCCCGGUUGGAGUAGCGGUGGCCUCAGUCACGGCUGGAAUAGUCCCAGCUUUGAGUUUAGCCCGCUGCCGCCAUCGCACAGUUCGCAUGUGACCAAGGACGAGUUGCUGGCCCUGCUAGCCGCCUGGAAGGAUGUGGCCAAGCCGACGACUCCGGCACCGGAGCCAGAGCCCGAGGAGCCCGAACCCGAGCCGGAGGCCACAACGCCAGCGCCGCCAGAGGAUGUGGACGAACCGGAACCGGAGCCCGAGGCACCGGCACCGGCACCGGCACCAGAGGCGCCAGCUGGUCCACCACCCGGCGUUCCCGUCACCGUCUCCCUGCCCGCCCUGGUGCCCAUUCAAUUGGCGGCCAUGUGGCAACAGCCGGCGCUGGGAGCAGCGGCCGGCGGACUGGGUCCUCUAAAUCUGGGCGGCCUGGGUCUGGGCGGUGGCAUUGCAUUGAACACGCUCGGCGGCGGUGCGGUAGCAGCCGGAGGAGCUAUAGCGGCCGGAGGCGGUGGAGCGGCGGCCGCCGGAGCAGCAGCAGCAGCGUCACGUUCCGGAGUGGCACGCCCUCGAGCCCGGGCCAGGAUCGGAGGACGUGCGUCCAAUGCCCAGCAGCCCGCCAUACGUUUCCCGGUGGCCAAUCCGCGCAGCUUCACCUCGAACAACUAUGUGGCGCCCAGGCCGCGUUAUUAUCGCGAUACGGAGCCCAUGCGGUAAUUGUGCACUGAUUUCCAGCCAAAAUUCAAUUCCAGUUGGAUCUAAUGAUGUCAUUCUCAACUUGCAGCGUCAACGUAAUGGCACCACCGCCGCCGUCGCCCUACCAAAUGGCCAAUAUCCAGGGUCCCGUUCAGCUGGUGCCCGCCUACUGGCAAUAGGCCCAUUAUUCAGCUACCAAGUCUUACAAGUCGUACUGCCACUUCUCUCUAAGCUAAACUGUACAAAGUUAUAUGUUAUAGUAAUACGCGCCAGUGCAUAUAGAAUAUAGAAUGCCAUGGCCUGUUAACAAGUCGUAUGUAUGUAUGUUUUUUUUUUUUUGAUUAUACCAAUAAAAUAUUUUAACAAACUAU